AUGAACUAUACAGUGAAAAAGAGAUUUGAAGAUGAUGUGAGCAAUUUUACUACACCAGCUCAUAGUCGCCAAACAUCUAGCGAUAACUAUCAGCCUCUAAUUCAAACGCCUCUUCUUGCUCGCUUGACUCAGGAAUUUGAUCAAGAUCAUUAUAGAACUAUACCCGAAACAGAAGAACCCGAUGAGGCUCAUGCUAUUUUACAUGAUUCUUUAAUACCGCAUCAUACAAGAGCUGUUUCUGAGGUACUCUCAUCUGGGCAUUACCAUUCUACCAUUCCUGAAGAGUAUCGAGCUUAUGGAGAAACGAAUACUGUACAAUACCAAAGUUCCUACAGAAAUGUUGAUAUUGUUCAGCGUUCCGCUGAAGAUAUAAUCCGUGAAUCUGUGCGUGAAAAUUAUUAUAAAAAUUACGCUGGAGAUCUUGCACUGCCCACUGCUGUCGUUUCAGCAGAACGGAGAAGUGCAAGUUCGCAUCUUAACUUGCACGAAAGUAGCAUAGCUGCUGAUGUAUGGGCGAACAUGAAGGCGGAAUUAUUCUUGGAAAUUCCGAUUAUCCGCGAAAACACAUUUGAAAAUCCUUGGUCAUACCAGAAAUUCCUCGAACGUCAGCCUUAUCUUGUGCGAUCAAAUUCCGACCAUACGGUGAAAGUUGAUGUUCGCUCUGAAGUAAAUUUGGCUGAAGCCAAGCAACUCAUCCAAGCUCGUUACUUCAGCGAGAGACUGCUGGCGUCGGUGGAUAUAUCGUUUAAUCAGGUUGGAGAACAGUCGAGAGUUCUCCUUUUGAGUGAGGAAUUCUCUCCACGUAGUUUACAUUUUCUUCUUUAUUGCGGGCAAUCGCAAAGUGGAACUCAACAUGGAUCAACUUUAAUUCAGAAUGUGGAGACAAAUAUACAUCAUCAAAGCUCCUCGAGUCAUUUGGAAGAGAGACGAUAUGAUGACGUUAGCACAACUUCUAUGCGACACGAUUACACGUAUGUGCCCGCCGCUACAACUGUCCUCACGACUGAAACUCAUACUCAGCUAGCUGAUCAGAUUCAAACUGCCAUACCGACCUAUACCCCCAUUACAAAUUAUGAAGCGUAUACUGUUCGAACUGAGAAUACAGUAGCACCUGCCGUUACACACAUACCGGCCUAUACCCCCAUUACAAAUUAUGAAGCGUAUACUGUUCGAACUGAGAAUACAGUAGAACCUGCCGUUACAACCUCGUAUAACUAUUCUUAUGAUGAUCAUCAUCAAUCUACAGUAAGAAGCUAUUCCCCCACCCCAGCUUUUACAGAAACAUAUCGGCGAACUGAGGAAAUCAUUAAUCAUGAGCCCGUGACUACGAAUGUAACUUCUUAUGAAACCCAUUCGUACGUAGCGGAUGAGGUAAUUCAAACUGCUAUACCUAGCUAUACACCCAUUACAACUUUCGAAGCGUAUCUUCGAACUGAGAAUACAGUGGAACCAGCUGUUACAACCGCUCAAGACUACACUUACGAAACUCGUAUCAGUAACUCAUAUGGAUAUAAUGAGCCCGUUAUUUAUGAAACUCCUGCAAUUGCAUCUCACGAGACGGAGACACACAGUGUUCAAGCUGACGCUUAUGUAGAAUCUACAACUUUGCAACAAUCUCAGCAUUUCACCGCGCAGGAAGAAUAUCACUAUACGCCUACACCAAUACCGAUAAGACAGUAUGAUUCAGUUAUUCAUCGAACUGAGGUGACCCACGAAGAGAAACCGUACAUAGUUGAGUAUGAUACGGUCACAACAACCGUUGAACCAACUGCAACGUACGAUUACUCAACUACUUACCAGAGUAACAGUCACAAUAUAUCAACAUUGUAUGAUGAAAUUCAGGAUACUAUCACACAUAUCCAAUUUCCUCUUCAUGGUAGUGUGACUCAUGUCCACACAACGGAAGAACAUGUUGAGCAUGUUACACCUGUCUUGGCACCAAUUAUUGAAGAAAGGACUGUUACAGUCACGGAUAAUAGCGUAACUACUCUUCGGGAACAACUACUAACUUGCGAAGAGAAGUUGAGACAGAAAGAAGUUUACGAGUCAUCAAGACGUCACGAGUUGGAGCUCCGCUCAGAACAAGACAGAAUACGCUGCCAAGCGGCCGAAGCUAAUGUCCUCGAUUUAACUGUUAAGCUGGAAACAUGUGAGAGGAAACGUCGUGAAGAAUCUUCUUUGCAAACCAGUGUUCAUCAAGCUGUAUUGGAAGAAAAAAGUCUUCGCCAACAAUCUGAAACUGAAAUUCAUCAUCUUCGUGCCAAGCUCCAUGAAUGUCAACAGGCAUUGGUUCAUGAAAGAUCCGUGCAAAGCGCCAACUUCUUGGAGAUGCAGCAGAGAGCUGAGAAGGAGCAUAUCACCGGACAAGAAUAUGAAGUUCGUUUCAAUAAUCUCCACUUGAAGUUUAAAGAUCUGGAAUACCAACUGAAACAACAACAACAAUCUGAACAUGAGAAACUUCUCGCUGAAGAGCGCAAGUAUCAAGAAAUUCAUCAGCGCGGACAAGAUGAAAUCGCAGCUCUCAAGUAUCAAUUACGUAAUUAUGAAGUGAGAGUCCAACAAGAAUCCAUCGACAUAUCAGCAUUCAAAGCUCAGGAGGCAGAGCUCGCUAAGCAAAAAGCUUACAUUGCUCAAAGAGAAAGAGACCUAAGCAUCCAGUUGACUGAGUAUAACGUACGCCAUUCACAGGAGCUGAAGAAAAUUAGAGAAGAGGAGGAGCGACUCAGACGAGAAGUUUCAAGCUUACAGCUGGCAAAGUCUGAAUUAGAGCGUGUUCAUGCACACUCACAGACAAGCAUUAGAGAAGAGUAUGAUAUGUACCAGAGAGAGCUAGCUCUUUCUAAUGAACGAUUGAGAAAACAGUCUGCGGAUCUCAAACUCAAGAUUGAAGAAAUCAAUUUAUUGAAGAAGCAGUUAGAAGAAUCCAAACAAAAAGAGCGUAUAUAUGAUGAAGUUCAUGAUGAUAACCAAGGAUCUCCACGCAGUAGAAGAGGAAAUUUGCAAUUUGAAACUUUUGAGACGAAAACUGUCAUUCAAAGAUCAACCAGAGAAUAUACAGUAGAUGAGAACGAUUACGAAGAAAUUGGCGGUUACAAAAAACAAGAACAUAUCUAUGAGGAGCCUAAGACCACAGCCGUUAACAAGGUUGUUUAUGCCGAAGCUGAUACAACAGACAAUCACAAGAAGAGACAUCUCAUUGAUGUUACCAUUCCAAAAACAUCCGUAACUGUAGGCGUUAGCGUUGGCAAUUCCGGCUCAGAGCAUAAGUUCGAAAAGAACAUUUAUGACGAUGUAGCCACUACUGAUUUAACCAUAGGUACAGGUGCCGGAGUGAGUUCUAGCAAAAUCAUCAGCAUGAGCAAGCGUAACAAUUGGGGAGAUGAAGAGGUUUCAUCAACCACUGGACACUAUUCUGCUAUUCCACACGUCGAAAGCAUUCCUCCACCAUUGAAUAUCACUCCAUCAACUGUAGGAAGAGGAGUUGAAGUCACCGAUGAGAGUGGACGCAAGCAUACAGCUGUCAGAGUAGAUCAAACCUCCUACUCUCCAAAAGAGCAUCAUGAUAAUCAUCAUCACCACCAGGGUUUAGUGGAGAAAGCUCGUCUCCGUUAUGAAGAAGUGCUGAAAAAUAACAGCCCAUCCUACUCAAGCUCCGGAUCGUCGCAUACUUUCGAGAAGGAAGUGUCUGACAACAUGGUAACCAGCACUGAAGAAGUAUUCAAGCAAGAGGUAACUGUUGUUGAAAGUGUUAGUAGUCCAUAUACUAUUGAGAAUCGUCCUCAUGUUGCUGAUUUGAGAAGACAGUUUGAGAGAGGAAGUACCCCUGUUUCACCAGUGCCUCCCUCAUCUCCAGCUAGACACGUACUAUCUCCUCCCCCUAGUGAAGCUCCUACUCAUCAAGCACCAUCUCCAACUCCUUCCCACGAUGGCACCGGUAAACGACAUGUAACAAGAUCUGUCAACAAUUACGUCUGGCAGAUUGGAUCCUUAAAUCAUUCGGAUUGUUUUCCCGAUGUUGUUCGUCCUUUAAACCAAUCCUUUGACCAAUUAUCUUUGGAUUCGUGA